AUGCCUGACUCGGCAGGACUGGAAGAGGACCAACGGGCCAAGGACCGCACUGCGGCUUGGAGACAGGGAGUCACCAGCAAUUUCUGCAGGUGUCAAGGCAAAACAAGCACCAGACAAAGUGAAACGGACAAGAAAGGCUUAUUCCAAACUAUUUCCGUGGGGGUAGAAAGUAGAACUCAGUCUGAACUCCCGUCUGUUGAGAUAAAGGGAAGUUGGGAGGGGUCCCAGGAGACACUGCAUGUAAAUAGUCAGCAGUUCCUCCUGAGUCCUCAGUCUGUGCUGCUGCCGCAAACAAGGAAGGGCUCUGUGCCUCCAGUCAUGGCCCCCUGGGGAGGCAGAGGAGCAGGGCACCCGACCUCCUCGGUGACGGUGUCAGGGACCGAGGUUGGCCAGCACCUCCAGAAGGAAAUCAGAAACCGAACCAGCAUCUCUGACUUCCUGCUCCUGGGCUUCUCUCAACACCCAGAGCAGCAGCCCCUCCUGUUCGUGCUCUUUCUGGCCGGGUACCUGGUCACCUUGCUGGGGAACCUGCUCAUCGUCCUGGCCAUCGGCUCUGACCCCCGCCUCCACACCCCCACGUACUUCUUCCUGGCCAACCUGUCCUUCGUCGACACCUGCUUCUCCUGCACCAUCGUCCCCAAGGUGCUGGUCAACCUCCACACACAGCACUACACCAUCUCCCACACUGGGUGCCUCGUGCAGAUGUACUUCUUCAUGGCGUUGGCCCUGCUGGAUGACUUCCUGCUGGCUGUCAUGGCCUAUGACUGCUACGUGGCCAUCUGCCUUCCUCUCCACUACACCGCCAUCAUGUGUCCCCAGCGCUGCCUGCUGCUGGUCACUGCAUCCUGGCUCUGCUCCCACCUCCUGGCCUUCUUGCUCUCUCUCCUCAUGUCUCACUUCUCCUUCUGUGCCUCCCAUUCCAUUCCACACUUCUUCUGUGAUCUUCUCCCACUCCUCAAACGUGCCUGCUCAGACACGCACAUCUUUCAGUUCAUGAUGUUUGCAGAAGCAGCCCUCUCGGGGGUGGUCCCUCUCACCUGUGUCCUGCUCUCUUAUGCCCACAUCAUCCACACCAUCCUCAGGAUCCCCUCUGCUGGGGGCAAGCACAAAGUCUUCUCUACCUGUGGCUCUCACCUGACAGUGGUCACUCUCUUCUAUGGAACUGUCUUUCUGGUAUAUUUUCAGCCCUCAUCCUGCUACUCGGCGGACACUGGAAUGGUGGCAUCUGUGGUGUACACAAUGGUCACCCCCAUGCUGAACCCUUUUAUCUACAGCCUGAGGAGCAGGGACAUGAAGGAGGCUUGGUGGAGACUCCUUGGAUGGGGAAGAUGUUCCAGCCCAUAA